GAAGCAAAGCAAAGGGGAGCAGUAAAGUUUUGUUUUGUUUUGUUUUGUUUUGUUUGUUUGGAUUCUGGUUACGAACUGCUGCUGCUGGUGCUUGAUCAGAGUAGUAGGGUUUGGGGGGCAUUGUAGAGCCGUGAAGUGGGAGAGGCAUGGCGCCCAGUAUAAAGAAGAUGACCAUCUCGCAGGAGAGUUUCGACGCAGCCGUCAAGGAGAACAUGGACGAUUUCGACAUGGACUUGGAGGAGGCUGUGCAAGAUGCCGUCCAGGCCUUCAAAAUUCAGGGCGUCGAUCUGUCCGGAAUUAUUAUUGAUGGAAGCAACAUAGGAAAGGCUGACUACGUCCAUCCUGUAGUAGAAGCUCUGAAGAAACUUGACGAGAGUCUACUUUGUCUGCGACUUGAAAAUGGGAGUUACCUUGACUGGGAAAUUAGGCAUUCAGAACCCGAAAAAGUUCAAACACUUUUUGAGACUGCUGUAGAGGCUUUGGAAAAGGUUGCAGAGUUGUGCAAGGGACCAGAAAAUGCACAGAUUGCUGUAAAGCACGGGGUUGUAGAAGCAAGCCUACAGUCCUAUCAUGCGUUGAAGUCGUAUAGAACGACUUGGGCGAGUCUUGCCUUGAGACUUCUUCUCAGCGUUAUCGCAGAGGAACCAGGCAAAGAAGUGUUUCUGAACUCCAAUGGUCCACAGGUUGUUCUGGAAGCUAUAGCGUUGGAGGAUAAGGAACCUUAUGAUACUAUGAUUCGCGAAUUGUCGUGCACAGCUGCAAAUGUUAUAGCCGUGGCUACAACAAAGAAUGAAAAGUUGAAGGAGUGUUUUAUGGAUUUAGGAGCAGAUCGGACACUUGUAACUUAUCUCAAAUUCCAUGCAGAGGAAAUGGGAUCUGAUGGUGCAGCUCUUCAAGCAGCCUGUGAUGCAAUUCGGUCAAUGACUGUGGCAGAUGACGAUCGAGUCCCUACUUCUAACGCUUUUAGGAAUGCAAUGAAAAUCGCCAAACUUGGUGCAAUAGAUGCUUUUCUCGAGAUUAUGCCUCAGAAGGCCAAGACUAUCCCACUUCUGGCUUCUCUUUGUUUCACUCUCAAGAGCUUGUGCGUCAACGAUGAGUUAUGCAAACAUUUCGCUGAGGAAGGUGGUCUAGACAUGGUCAUUGAUUUUUUGGAUUAUGCGUGUAAAUAUCCAAAUAAAAUUGCUGCACGUCAGUCUUUUGCGCUUCUAUGUCAGCUUGCAGGCAGUGACGCAAACAAGGAAGCAAUCGUGAAAAUGGAUGGUUUAAAAAAAAUAAUUAGGGUUAUGCAGAGCUACAAUGAGGAACCAUCAGUGCUGCAAGAGGGAUUUGCAGUUGUGACAACGCUGACUCUGCGCUCACCAUUGCAUGCAACGAAAGCAGUUGAAGCUGGGGCUCUAGAUCUGGCAGCAGAGAUGAUGGAGGCUCAUUCGAACGCUCCCCAAAUGCUUCGCCAAGCUUGUCAGAUGGUUCGCAACCUUAAUGUUCGAAACCCAGAAAACAGGCCUAUAACUCUUGAGAAGGGUCUGGAGCCACUGAUACGGAGGGCUAAAGAUACUUAUUCGAUUUGCAACGAUGUCGGUUCAGCUGCUCUUCGUGACAUGGGUCUUGAUGACUACCUGUAGUUAAUUUAGUGUUUUGAUCGGCUACUUGGAAGUCGUUGGAGCUCAUUUUGAAAGUCUCUAAUAUAUUGUAAACUGUCCAUCCAAUUGCCAACAAUGCCAGAAGUCUUUGAAAUCAUCUUCAGGCUCAAGUUUUUCCUAA